GUGCCUGCGUGUGUGCGAGUGUGUGGGUUUGAAAAUUUGAAAAGCGACGUGCGCGAGUGCAGCGGGACAGCCGCGCGGUGCAGGUGCCCCGCGGGAAGAAAAAAGGCGAGGAGAGGUGCGCCGCUCCGCUCGCGAACGAGGAUUCGUCACGUGCCGGGAGGAUCCUCCUGGUUGCCGCGUCGUCGGAAACGUCGGCGGUACAGCCCAGCGGAAUGUGGCACGAGAGGCACCGCCGGCACCAUCUCGGAAGCCAUGCCGGCUGACGAGCUCGUGCGUAGCCGACGAGAAGACGGUGGAAGAAAACCGAGCUUGCAGCCGCCUUAACGUACCGAUUGGCCGAUUGCGUCGUCGUUGAUAAGGAAAAGAAGGAGAAGAAGAGAGAGAGGUCCCUCGCGCUGAUCGACCCGAUCAUGCCCUUAGCGAAUCGUUUGUCGUCGCAUAGUUCCACGCUGUGAACCCGACAUGUGAGAGAGUCGCCGCCGCCGUCUGGUGGAGGCCGUCGCCAUGGUGGAGCAACUGGUGUGCAGCAACUCGCUGAGUCCGGGAACGUAGCGCUGAAACGAGCCUUGGUUCACGCAUAUCCCUUCUAGCUUUAAGCAACUAAUUGCGGUCGAGAGGUAUCUCCAAUGUGAAAACCGGCGAAUAGACGUGCCUUUACGUAUUUAGAUUAAAAAGAGCCCGACAAAUUUAAGAGGCAAUUAAUUUUACUGCGAGCGUGUUUUAGAGUGACGAAGGUUAAAUUAGCUUGAAACUUUCCUAAUUGACGAACUGGAUAAUCAAUUCGCGGUGGACUCGGCAUCGCGGGUUUAGAGAGAAAUUUAAUCGUUGUGUGCGUAACAUUCGUGCAGUGUGAUGAAGAGAGGAGUGACAUACUUGAGCACGAAGAAUCUAAAUUGAGGAGAAUUGAACUUAAUGCGUUGUGCGUUAUGUGUGUUACGUGACUUGGCAGCUCGACAAAACAAUCGGUUUCGUCGCAAGACGUGCAACGUGAUGAAGAACGAAGUGACGUCCUCUGACACGAUAACGAAUCUAGUCUGAGGAAGGUCGAAGGUAACGUGCUAUGACACGGCGGAGUCGGUGCGAUUCAGUACUCUCUUCCGUCACGAGGUCGCCAUGUGAGGGUCAGCGCAUCGGGAGAAAAGUGAAGAAGCCUCACUCCGCGUGACAGCAGCGUGUCGAGUAAUGCUGAAGCACAUUCUGACGGGGCAGCCGUCGUCAACGGGCUCCAGGCAUCAUCACAAUGAUUAUCAGACGAGCUCGGGCUCGUUGCACGGCGGGCACCACCAUCAUCACUUGCACAACAGUUCGCUGCAUCAGGAACAGCAGCAGCAGCAACAGCAACAGUCCCAGGCGCAGCCGCAGCAGCAACAGCCACAGCCGCAGCAACAUCUUCAUCAUCACCACUACACCGGAAGCGCCGGGAUACGUGGCGGCGUCAUCGGGCAUCGCGGUAACAACGGCGGGGCCGACGUGUACGAUUCCGUGGCGAGACCGACGGCGGUGUCGAGCGCGCACCAAUCGGCGACGACUCCCUCGUCGACGCACCGGCAUCCGCUGAACCAUUCUCAGCUGAGCGUCAACAACCUGUCGCAACGCCUCAAUCAUUCGCACGCGCUCAACGUGUCGACGCUGUCGACCUCCAAGCACUCGGUCAACAGCGUCAGCCCGGUGGGCGGCGUCAACGGCAACAACGGUGGCGGUAACAACAAUAAUAACAAUCACAACGUCUCGGCGAGCCACUUGGGCCACACUGUCAUCUCGCAGACGAGCGUCUCGCAUCAGGACAGGCCGAAGGCGAACGGCGGCUUCGACAUUUCCAGACUGUCGCGAUUGCCGAGCCAGACCACGCCGUCACCCGCGCCUGCCACAUCCGCGCUUCCCGUCGUGGCCGGCCAGGUGGCCGGUGGGCCGACGGUGAUACCCCUCAACGCCUCCUGGUCGUCAUCCCUGUCCAGGAAUCUCCAUCGGAACGACGAGGCCGGCGUGAAGGAGAUGUUGACGAGCCUCGGAUUGCUCUGCCUGGUAUCUCUACUUCUAGCUCUGCUCUCGGUCAUCUUCCUGCUCAAGAUCUCGCCGCUCACGGUCACGUCCAACAGUCUCAUCAGCCCGGAGGAGUUUGUCAUCGUCUACGAGGUCACCCUGGCGCUGUGCGCCCUCGCCCUGUCCCUCAAUCUCUGUUGCCUGCUGGUCUGCGCCAUACAGUUCCUCUUCGCGGUGAAGCUCGUCAAGACCUCGUACCAGGGUCACCGGAGUAACAAGUACCUGCAAAAAUCGUCCAUCAGCCGCGUGUGCGCCGUCGGGGGUUUCUUCAUUAGCAUCCCCGUCUUCUUAACUGGUAUGAUCCUGUACACGUUCAUCCAGUUCCAUUCGACACCGGCGAUCGUCACGUCGGUCUUCAUCGGCCUCGGCAUCGUGUUCUGCGGAUGCGCCAUGGUCCACAACGUCUUCGUAUGGCAGAAAGAGAAGACGAAUGCGGUAAAGGCGUUUGCCCGCGAGCAAUGCGAGGUCGCGGCCCAGCUGCAGCGACAGCAGCAGCUGCAGCAUCAUCAGCCGCAUCAGCAGGUACACUCGCAGCAUCAAUCGCACCAGCAUCAUCAGCAGCAGCAGCAACAUCACCAUCAUCAUCAGCAGCUGCAACUGCGGCCGACGCUGCACAUGGGCUCGAAGAUCGGUAGCGGCGGCCCGAUCGGUCAUUCGACCGUCAGUCUGGCCCAGCUUAGUCGCGGCCUUCACCAUUCUUAUCAGCAUCAUCCUCACCAGCAUCAUUCUCAUCAACAGCGGCACGUGUCCUCCAUGUCGCCGCCGUUGUUGCUGUCGUCGCCGCAUGCCGCAUCGCAGCACAAUCACCUGACGCAUCGCGGCGGUAUCGCUGUCGCCGCCGCCGCCGCCGCUGCUGCUGCUGCUGCCGCCGCCUCUGUCGCCGUCACCGCCACACCACCAACGACGCCCGGCGACCGGUCGCCACCGAGUCCCAACGGCGGCGGUGGCGGCGGCGGCAGCGGCAAGCUCAACAGGUCGCAGCACUUGCCGCGCGAGACCAGCGGCAGCGUGAGCCCCGGCCUGCCGGCGGCCACGCUCGAUCUGAGCAGUGCCGCUACCACCAACAGCCCGCACGAAUUGUCGACUCUCGUUUAGGAACCUUAAGGGGCCGGUGGAAGGACCCGAAGACAAAAAUCGGAGAAUCUGUUCGGAACUUCUAUUCCUUUGAUCAACGAAAGAGAUUAUCUCCCGGAUCGUCUCAAGUCGAUAUUUAUUAUAAGAAAUAGAUCUAAACUUAUUUAGAAACAAAUUCUUCAAUAGAUAUUGCCUAAAAACAAGGGACCAAAAAUUGUUAAGGCUGUCGCUGUUUAUCUCACGUUGUUAUUAUUGCGUCAUGUUGUAACAUUAUCGGCAUGUUAUCGCGUUAUCAUUGCGGCGUCACUUAGCAUUUAUCCUUUCCUUUGAUGAUAUAGUAUUCCUAGAUGUUGACAAAGGCCGAUGAGAAGUUAUUUACCAGAAUAUCCGCAUCGCUUCGAUAACGAUAUAUUAUCGCGAGUCUUUUGCUUACCGCAUAUAUAAUAUUUAUGAAGCCUUGAAGAAUAUUUAUGAAUCUCGGCGAUUAUUGAAAACACCGUUCAGUUUUGCUGCUAAACAACUUAUUCCAGAUUAAAUAACUAAGGAGAGAAUAAUUUCAAUGAAUUUUUGCACGCAAAAGCGUGAAACAAAGGUGAUUCAAUUGAAUUUAUUUCCUUAAUUUAAGAUAAUAGCUAAUCGCAAUGCAUUUUUCUUUAAUUUACUUUUUAUAAUCUUACAUUGCUGGACACAACUUUUUAAGACAACUUUAAUGAUAGAUUUUAUCGAAAUUACCAUUGCUAUAGAAAUUACGCAGGACGAUCCAGAAUAAUGUUUUUUAGCCGCUAUUACUAGUUUGAAGGUGAUAUUUCAAGAAUGUCGAAGAAUUCCAUUGGAAUUUAUUUCAUCAGUAUCUUUGUUUGUCUAUCCUCCAUGCUAUUCCGGCAAUUGACGACCUUGGAAUUUAUACUCUCAAAGCCACUGACCAUGUUUAUAGCCCGGAUCGUUAAACCAGUAUUACUCGAGUCAUAAGGUUUUUUUUUAUUUCUCUCCCGUCGGGGUGCAUAGUUCUCUUGUAUAGUCAAAGUCGGAACUGUCUUAAUCCUGCUAGUAUUGUAGCUAACAUGAUUUAAUGAUUGGUCAAUAGCGCUACUUCUUGUUGGCCUUGAUGAGCUACAUAUUUCUUGUUUAUCGCUAAUUACAAUUUUCUCAGGCAGGUUCCGCUUGCUUGAAUUUUUUAUCGAUGCGUUCGGGGAUACCGUAUGCAUAUAAAUGUUUACAUAUACUUAUUGUACAUACUGUUCUCAGAGAUUUUACGCCACGUUGCUGCAAUGCGACAAUCAUUUCGAUUCCCCGAACGAAACUUGCCGAUUUAUGCUUUAUUUACGACUGGUAUAUCCUGCUAUAACCGAGAGCAGCAGCAACAGGUUCCUGUUGCGUAACGUCGACAAAAAAAGAAUUCCUCUUACCGAAUACGUGCUACAUUUCGCUCUUCGUAAGUAUCCUUUCUGGUUAACACGACAUUCAGUAUCGGACAAUCAAAAAUUCGUGCAGUUUCCAAUGAUAAGAAUAAAACUUUAAUUUUUUGCCUUUUACAAACAGAUUUUUAUUUAAAAACAUAUUUAAAAUAAUUUUUUAUAUUAGAUAUAAUUUAUCAAAACACUGCACAGAAUUGUAUCUUCAUGCUUUUCGAGUCCCGAGUACUACGAUUGAAAUAUUCAACAGUGUACGUACUUUCGAAGCCUCAGAGAUCCUCGACGAAAUGAGAAAUUGGCACGAAUGUGAAUCUUGCCAUGUGUUUUUUUUUCAAUUAAUAUUAUUAUUAUUUGUACUUAUCUCUUGCAGAAUCUCUAGUCCUAGAUUAUUUUCGUUCGCAUGUGUGCGUGAAAGCAUAAGAGUUUAGAAUUCCGGUUAUUGUAUAAUUACGCAGCUGAUUGUUAGCGAAUACGGUUGCUUGCACUAGUGAGCACUGAGUGCACACUAAGGCCUGUUUAUAAUCA